UCCAGUCUAUUUAGAAUUUGGCACCUCUUCAGAACGUUCCAGCCAAAAACUUGAAAGUUCAUUGUAAAGUUCCUAUCCCGGCCUUAUUCUGCAAGUGGAGAAAUCAAGGCAUAUAUAGUAUCAGCUUUCAGGGUCUGUGGGCUGACCUUGAGUCCUGACACCCCCUCUAACUCUUUUCUUUCUUCCUUCUGCUGCAUACAGUCUCGCUUGGAAAAGAAACUCUAUGGCCUAAUUGCCUCCCACGUCUCCCCCGCAACCCCACCGUGACAGUAUCUGGAGGGCAAUAGGACCUAGGGAGGUUCAACCCUGAGGCCGAGUGAGACACACCUGCCUAACCGCGUGGGUUGAGCUAGUGUGGGAGCGAGCUAACUAGGGAGGGCGGGGUAGGAGUGAGUGCUGCUGUUGGGAAGAGGAGAGCUGUGACUCCCGGGUCCAGGAGUCGUGGUGAGAAGGACUUGCGAAGGUUGGCCUAAGCCCCUUUUUGUCGCGCUUCUAUGCACCAAGCAUCCUUCAUCUGCCCGCCCUGGAACUCGCGGGCUGGUUUUGUUUGGCCCCAGCUGUCUCCCAUUUCGCUCGCAGGCGCCUUCGGUGCCUUAGUUUCUGAAGCCACCGACAGUUGGAAUUGCGGGCCCGGCAGGACCCCGGCAGCAGACGGGCGCCCAAGUGUUUGGAGACAUCCGUCUGGCGGGGUUGGCGCCCGCACGUCGUGUUUUUCGCUAGCAAAGUUUCUCCUUGGAAAAGAAGCCCCUCCAGCUUUCUCUUCAUCCUGUAGCAGGCGCGCGCUCUGCUUCUCUCCCCGAGACUGCGCUUCCGGGACGGGGUUGUGGCUUUGCUCCAGCCCCUGGCCUGGCUGCCUUGGGGGCGGAGCUUGGAGAAUCCGAGGAGCCAGCGUGAGAACCUUCGACUCUGCGCGGGUCCGGAGAGAGCGCCGGCCCCGGCGAGCGGGCGAGCUAAUAGCCACAGCCUAGCGAUAGCUAGGGUACCUGGGCACUGAACUGAAUCCCUGAAGGGAUGCUCAGGCUGCGCCCCCUCUUCUGCCCUGGCUCAGUUCUCAGCUGAUUGGAGAGGGCACACUGGUCAGGACUCCUCGAGAAGAGCUGCUGAGUGUCGGUGUCCCUGACAGAGUGGCUUUCCCUCUGGAUUCAGAUCCCUGGGGGUCUGCGAAAGCUGAAGCCGAAGCCGGAGUCGCCACAGAAACAGCUGUUCCCAUGGCUCUUUACAGUCCUGGAACUGGACUCCAGACUGGGCGCUAAAAUGCUUGCUUUUGCCUUGUGCAAGUUCUACAGCACGCAUCUUGACAAUUGGAAUCCAGGCCCAGUGGAGUCAAGUUCAAAGUGGCACUCAGGGCUCUCCAUCCCAGACUCCAACAAGUCUAAUCUGAGACUAGAAGACAGUGGUCUCCUGCUCUAACUAGUAGAUCAACGUUGUGGAGUUGGACUUGACAGCUGUCCUCACCACUACUUGGACUGCAGUGGCUCCUGGAUUCUCUUGAGGGGAAUUGGGGCGGAGGUGCUCUGAAGACCAAACCACAACACUCAGAACCUCGACAAUGGACCAAGUUUUUGAAAUUCCUGAGGAGCCAAACGUGGAUCCAGUGUCCUCUCUGGAGGAAGAUGUCAUCCGUGGAACCAACCCCCGAUUUACCUUUCCAUUUGGCAUCCUCUUCUCCACUUUUUUGUACUGUGGGGAGGCAGCAUCUGCCUUGUACAUGGUUAGAAUCUAUAGGAAGAAUAGUGAAACCUACUGGAUGACAUACACCUUUUCCUUCUUUAUGUUUUCAUCCAUUAUGGUCCAGUUGACCCUCAUUUUUGUCCACAGAGAUCUGGCCAAAGACAAGCCACUCUCAUUGUUUAUGCAUCUAAUCCUCUUGGGACCUGUUAUUAGAUGUUUGGAGGCCAUGAUUAAGUACCUCACACUGUGGAAGAAAGAGGGGCAGGAGGAGCCCUAUGUCAGCCUCACCAGAAAGAAGAUGCUAAUAGAUGGCGAGGAGGUGCUGAUAGAAUGGGAAGUGGGCCACUCCAUCCGGACCCUGGCCAUGCACCGCAACGCCUACAAACGUAUGUCACAGAUCCAAGCCUUCCUGGGCUCAGUGCCCCAGCUGACCUAUCAGCUCUAUGUGACCCUGAUCUCUGCAGAAGUCCCCCUGGGUAGAGCUGUGCUAAUGGUCUUUUCCCUGAUAUCUGUCACCUAUGGGGCUACCCUCUGCAAUAUGUUGGCUAUCCAGAUCAAGUACGAUGAAUACAAGAUUCGCCUGGGGCCACUAGAAGUCCUCUGCAUCACCAUUUGGCGGACACUGGAGAUCACCUCCCGCCUUCUGAUUCUGGUGCUCUUCUCAGCCACCUUGAAAUUGAAGGCUGUGCCCUUCUUAUUGCUCAAUUUCCUGAUCAUCCUCUUUGAGCCCUGGGUUAAGUUCUGGAGGAGUGGGGCCCAGAUGCCCAAUAACAUUGAGAAAAACUUCAGCCGGGUCGGCACCCUGAUGGUGUUGAUUUCUGUUACUGUCCUCUACGCUGGCAUCAAUUUCUCUUGCUGGUCGGCUUUGCAGUUGAAGUUGGCAGACAGGGACCUUGUUGAGAAAGGUCAGAACUGGGGACAUAUGGGCCUUCACUAUAGUGUGAGAUUGAUAGAGAAUGUGAUCAUGGUCUUAGUUUUUAAGUUCUUUGGCGUGAAAGUGUUACUGAAUUACUGUCAUUCCUUGAUUGCCUUGCAGCUCAUUAUUGCUUAUCUGAUUUCCAUUGGCUUUAUGCUCCUUUUCUUCCAGUACUUGCACCCAUUGCGCUCACUCUUCACCCACAAUGUAGUGGAUUACCUCCACUGUGUCUGCUGCCACCGACAUCCUCGGGGCAGGGUUGAGAACUCAGAGCCAUCUGUUGAUGCUGAAGAAAGGCAAAGCAUUGUCUGAUUCUGUCUUCUGGGUAUGUGGGAAUGGGUUGGGGAAACUGCCAAGAGCAACUGGGAAAUUGAAGGAGACUACGAGGCUCAUGGGUGAGGACCCACCAGGACAUUGUUUUGAGUUUUCUGGUAAUCCUUUCAGAAGAAAGAGCAGCCCCUAAAUAGAUGUGAUUUCCUUAAGAUUGACUGCUAUGUUUGGAUACCAAGGUAGCCACUGUAUACCUGGGAGGGUCAGAGAUAUCAUUCACAUCCCUCCCACCCAAGUCAGCUGUCUGGCUGCCCUCUGGGAUGACUUACCUCCACACACCUAAGGUUCUCUGACCUUUAAGCUCUGCUCAUUUGCUUGAGCAUUACUGACCUUUCCAUAGGCUGAGCUGAAAGGCCCCAAAUCCCACCAGAAUAUAUCUUGACUGAUCAGAGGGUGUGACUGCUUACUGGUUAUGGGUGCCUCCCAGGAAAUGGUCUGACUAAUGUGGAACCUGUAACUGUGAACGUGACUGGGGUCUUUUAAUGCCAAUGAGAAACUCUGAUUAAGAGGAAAACCCCUACUAUUAAAAGAGCUGCUCCCCAAAUGAGUUAGUUCUCCAUUAGGAUUUUACUUGUGAUCAUUCAUCAAGGAUCUUACUUGUCAGUGGCCCUUCAAAGGCAUGCUCUGAGGAGGGAGUGCAGAGUAGGAUUCCUUAAAGGUGUAAACCAGAAUGACUCUUUAUCUCAGGGACCUGCAUGGGCUUCCAGCAUGUUGAGUGGAUUGGUUGAGUCAAAGCUUCAUGCCUCAUUAUCAGGGAUUUCCUCCAACCUGGCUUUUUCUGUGCUCUUUUACCAAAAUUGAUGUGGAUCUCAGAGAAGCUCAACUGUAAUUGAAAAUGUUUCUAAAGUGUGGAAGAAAUGAAGAUUGCUUUGUGUCUCCUACUGUCCUGAGUAUUUUGUUGAUUUGAUUUUUUAGGGAAGAGAGAAGGUAAAAAUAACUUGGACAUCACUUUUAUGUUUUUUGGGGUUGGGACAGUGGCUCAUACUCCAAGGCAGAGUGAAGGCAGAGGAAGGAAACCAGGUCUGAUCACCUUAAAUCAUCAUCAGUACUGCUUUCUGCUCACACGAUUUUAUUUUCUAAUAAGGAGCCUAUGCUUAUCAGCUGUCUGUUCGUUGCCACACCCCCAGUGGAUGAAUGCAGGUCUCUCUUUCUUAAUUAUCUUAGUGUUUAGAUCUCAUAUUUGUUGGGUAUUUUGAUGAGCAUGCCAGCUGGAUGCCUCUAAAGUUACCAAGGGGUUGAAGUUACUAUGGCCACUGCCUGUUGGGACCGAGUCCCCCAGCAUUUACCUAACUGAUGCUUGCCCCUCACACACCAGAAAAGUGAGAAGAACUCCAGGUAGCACGUACCAGUUGUGACCAUCACAAUGCUGUGAGGAAUUGUGAACAAUCUAACCUAAGGCUUUUCAUUCUCAUCCAGUUUUACUCUUGGGAUCACGUUAGGAAUUUAUCUUUAGCCACUUCCCCUCCUCUUAUCCCAUGUCAGGACAUUUUGUUGGAAGAGCUCCCUCUUCUAAGUGGCAGGGCUCUGAGCCAGAAUUGUCCUAUUUCCUGACAUGUCUAGUGAAGCUUUCCCAUCUUCAAGCACUGUUUAGGGCAAAAACGAUUGGAACUUUAAUUUGGGGGAGAGCGAAGUGACUUGCUUUGAAGUAGUGGAGAUUUCCUUUUUCAGUCUAACACCCUCAUCCCUCAUCCUCAUCUUUCAUGAUGGAGACUUAGGUUGUUGUCAUAAAAAGCACACACUGCUGUCCUCUGAGUGUUAUUCAAGGUGCAUUUGAAAGAAAUAAUCUACCAAACCUCCAGAAGAACACACUGUCCCCUUGGAAUUCAAGCAGGAAUUUCUCCCCAGUGGUUAAUAUGCCUUCCAUUAAGAGCAAGAGUGUGCGGAACUAUAAUUUGGUCCAUAAAAGCCAUGUGAGUCAACUCCUUCAGGGGCCAGUGCUAUGAGAACAUAGAGACACACACUGAGCCAGGCAAGCCAAUUAGAGCUGGCGUGGAGAUAUACAGGCUGAGAGAUGUGCCUCGUGCUGGACCAGGAGCGUUUCCCGCCGUGUAUCCUCUCCAGCCUCAGUGACUUAAUAUCCCAGGAAUGCAGAGAGUUUAGGGCGAGGUCUGUAGAGCAGCUUCCACUGGAAAAACCUGCUACCCUUACCCAGGGAGAAGAGACUCCAGGGAUACAUUAUACAAAUGAACAUGCGGAACCUCCUAUAGGUGGUGGCCUUUCUGUUCCACAGCAAUCUUUUAGAUACACCAGAGAUGAAGGAAUUGUGGGAUAUGGGUGGUCGGGCAGAGGAACGUGCUCCUUUCUACCUGCAAACACUUCUUUAAUUGACUACUCUCUUUUUACCCUCUGAAAUCUUAAAGCCACACCGGUACUUGUGUAGGGGCAAGUCUAACUGAGUGGGAGGCGGGCCAGAGAUGGGGCCAGCAAAUGAGUCUUGGAAUAGGAGUGCAGAACCAUGAAGUUCAGGGGGAAAAGCUAGGCCACGGUAGCAACAGCUAUUCUCAUGUCAUUGGAAAUUCAGUAGGCCAAGUGAACAUGCUGGGGAAAUGGAUUAAAUGAAUCGUCAAUUUCAUUUGCACCACAAAUGCUUUAAAGACUAUGGGCAUAGAACCAUGAGGCACUGCAAGAGAAUUAAACACUAGCUCAUAUUUAUGAGCACUUACUAUAUAUCUGGCAUGGUGCUUUAUAUACAUUGUUUGAUUCAGCCUUGAAAACAACUCUUAUGAGGGUAGAUACUGUUAUUCCCCAUUUUAUAAAAAAAAAGAUUCGAAGGUACAGAAAAGUGAAGUGAUCUGCCUAAGGUCACAGCUAGUGUCAGAACCAGGAUUCAUUCUUGGGCACUCUGACUCCAGAGCUUACACUCUUUUUUAAAAAUUUUAUCUUAUUUAUUUUUUAUUUUAGGGGGUAAUUAGGUUCACUUACUUAUUUUUUAGAGGAGGUACCGGGGAUGGAACCCAGGACCUCGUGCAUGCUAAGCAUGUGCUCUGCCACUGAGCUAUACCCUCCCCGGCCAGAGUUUAUACUCUUGAUCAUGACACAAACCUCUGAGUCCUCUUAGGUCCUUUGUGAAACUAUUUUAAUAUGUUAGUGCUUUCAGCAAUAUUUUAUGGGCUAUGGCUGGGUUCAUAUCAAGCAGGCUUUCUCACAAAUACUCCUUAUCAAAGGGCACCAUUCAAUCCACUCUAGAGAAGGGUCAAGUCCUAAAAGGCCUGGGAUGAAAACUGAGCGUGUGUUCACAUGGACUUGAAGGUUGGAAACAGGGAGGGUUUGGAAGUGGGGUUGGGGGGAGGGGAAGGAUGGUGGAAGGACUCAUUUCCUUUCUAGUUUCAGGAUUUGUCUCCUCUAUGUUCUUAAACACACACCUUCCAGACCCUGGUUGUGGGAAUAAAACAGGAAGGAGCAAUUCCCAGGCAGGUUUGUAUGAAUAUUUCCUCCAGAAACAAGCAGUCAGAGCAGGGUGGUGCUGAAGCUCAUGCUGUCAUACUUUGUCUUGCCAACACUGCUCUUACUCCUGCUGAGAAGCUGAGUCUUGGUUCUAGAGCAGGCCAGGGGAUGGGGACAGUGCUGAAUAACGCCCCUCCAGGAGCUGUCACAGUCCUGAGAGCCUGGGUCAACCUUGAGUGCUCUUUCAGCUACCCUCUCAUGCCUGCACCUCACAAGGUCAUAGUCCUUGGUGUUACAGAAUUGAUUGCUGCUUCCUGGGGCAGGGUUGAGGUGGGUGGCUGUAGGGUACUCCCCCAAAUACUCCAUCUAAAUCAAUAAGGCUCUGUCUCAGAAAUCCUUUAGUAUCAAAUCACUUGACUCUGGACCCUCCAAAAUAUUUACCAAAGAGUGGGGAUCCUUCUUCUCUGAAGCUUUUGCUAUUGGGCUUUAUUAUUGUUGGGAGGUGGGGAUAUUGAAUAAUAUCCUCCAAACUGAGAAGGAACUUUAAGACUGAAAAAUGAAGCAGGCAGCUCCAUAAAGUGCAAUUAUGAAGUUUAUUGUGGGUAACUUCUGUCUAGGCAGGAUCGAGUGAGCAACAAUUCAGAGGUAUUCUCAGCUGCACUGUGCACUGCACCGCUGAAAGAUAAAAAGAGAAUCUGACUACCAAGGGAAAAGCAUGUCCACACUGUUGCAAACUGGGUGUUUUUCCUCCCCCGCAGGGGUCUCAUGACCGUUAACCACCUGUGUCAGCAAAAGGCAUUCUUAAACUCUUCAUAUCAGAUGAAAGCAGGGUAGAAGUUGAUAGGGAACUCAUCUGGCUUGGGUGCAUUCCUUGUGAGUUAUGCUGAAGUUCAGUCAUGCGAAGAGGGAAGGGGGUAGGACUGCGGGCCUCAGGUGGAGCUGACAAAAUGGAGUCAGUGUGGUUCAGCCACACAGUUACUAUCCAGGGGACGCAUAUGCCCAUAAUCUUAUCCUGCCUUUCCUCCUGAAGGACUGGCACCAUCAGUCACACACUUUAGACCUUAGAGCCUCUGAGGUGCACAGUGAGAGUAUGUUAUGAGCCUUGGCAACAAAGCAUAUACCAUGUGAACCCAGGAAGUAGCAAGGCCAACCUGUGUGAGAUAUGGGAACUACAUGUGAAAACACAUUUCCAUGAAGAGAAAUAGCACUUUAUAAAAUUCAAGGCACACUUAACACGUAUUAGCUCUCGUACCACUAUGUCAUUGUUAGAACAAGCCCUCUGAGUUGUACACAUGGAUUUGCAUUGUUCUAACUUUCAAUUCAAUUAAUCAGACAAUUAUUAAACUCUUAUUUUGUGCCUGGAAAACCUAUGCUGAUAUCUGAAAGUGCUAUAUAGAUGCUAAAAGACAAGUGAGUCCAAAAUAUUGAGUGUAAGUAAUAUUGGAGAUUAACAGGCACUCUCCAUACAUUACUGGUAUGAGAGUAAAGUAUUGGCACAAGUUUUUGGAAGGCAAUUUGUCAGUAUUUGUCAAAAUUAAACGGGUAUACUUUUUAUCUCAGAAUUUUAACCUCUAGGAAUUUUUAAGCCACAGUUGUGCAGAGAGAUAUGUACAAGAAUGUUCACUGAGGCAGUUUGUAAAUGAAAAAUUGGUAACUUAAAUUUUCAUCCAUAGGGAAAUGAUUAAAUUCUGGCAAUUCCAUUCCUGAAGUUUUGUCCAGUCAUUAAGAAGAAUGGAGUGGGUGUAUACAGCAUGUGCUGAGUGAAAAGAUAGGUUAAAAAAGCAAGUUGGAGAACAAAAUAUAUAGGAUAAGGUUUGAAGAACUACUCAAAAUUUGGAAACAAGGGUGUGAUAGGACGAAUGAUGAUCACUUCCUUCCACCUUGCCCCCGAAAUCUUGUCCUAAUCCUCAUAACCUGUGAAUAUGUUAUGUUACAUGGCAAGGGAGAAUUAAGGGGCAACUGAGGUUGCUAAUCAGUUGGCCUUGAAAUGGGAAGUUACCCUGGAUUAUCCAGGUGUGCUAGAUAUGAUCAUAAAGGUCCUCAUAGAGAGAAGGCACAGAUAUUUGAAGAUGUUGCACUUUUGUCUUUAAAGAUGGAGGAAGGGGCCACACACAGAAAUGCAGUUCUAAAAGCUGUUAAAAGCAAGGAAAUAAGAUUCUCCCAUAGAGCCUCUAGAAGGAGCAGGGCCUGUCGACACUGAUUUUAGCCCAGUGAAACUGGCUUUGGAUUUCCAUUCAGCAGAACCGUAAGAAAAUGUGGUUUUUAAAACCACCUAGUUUGUGGUGAUUUAUUAAAGCAGCACUAGGAAACUAAUACAAAGGAAAGAGAUGAUUACUUGAUGCUUUAAUGUCACGUUAAGAGCAUUUUCACACAACAUUGUAAAAUGACUAUAACUCAAUAAAAUAAAAAAAAUGUGAAACAAAAAAAAAAGCAUUUUCUAAUAGGCCUGUUUGGGUGUCAUCUGACUCUCUAGGUCUAGAGAAGUGUAAUUUGGCAUGAUUGGAUUCAGUCAUUUUACAAUUCUGUGAAACUGAUAAGAUGCAAUGACAUUUUCUGUCCACCUAAAGAAGACACCACGAUUUUAGUUCAUACUGCCCUGUUGGACAUUAAUCGGCUUUAAUUCUAACUUAGCAAUAUUAUUUUUGCAUUUCUUUGUUUUUUAACUGACUAUAUAUAAACUACCAGUUCUCAUAUCCUCUUUUGAUUUAACUUUGCCAUCCUGCUGGUUUCCUUCAUGAGUUAAAAUUAAACUUUGACACAUGCACACACUCUAUUUGCAUGAAUUUUUUUGAACAUUUUGAAAAUCAUAUUUUAACAAUGAUGAUUUUUGUGAAAACAAAACAAACAACAAUAUGGUGGUAGGAGGAGCUGGAGGAAAGUGCUCCAAACUCUUUACAGCAGUUCUCUGAUUGAGGAGGUUGCAGAGAUGAUUAGGGAUUUCUUUUGUGUUAAGUAGCUUGCAAUAUUUGAAUUUUGUAUAAUUUUAGAUGUUUGAAAUCUGAAAAAUAUAUUAUAUUAAAAAGUAAAUAUAUGUAAAAAACAAUUUACGCACAGUGUCUGCCCCCAACAAGUUUAAAAUCUGGUUGGAGAGAGAUGUACUCUAUACAACUAACUAGAAAUAUAAGGCAAAUUAUGAUAGGUACCCAUGAAUGAAGUGGGCUGUCAUCUGUUGAGUGCUUAUUAGAUACCAAGGUCCAUGUUGGAUCAUUUACAUAAUUUUAUUUCAUCAUCACAACAGUCCUCUGAAGUAGAUGAUAUCUGUCUCCAUUUUUCAGAUGAAGAAACUAAAGCUGAGAGUGAUUUACCUAAGGUCACACAACUACUAGGGGAAAGAGCCAGAAUUUAAAUCCUGGUCUUUUUGAUUCCAAAGAUCAUAUUCUUUGCAUUCUACUACACUGCCUCACAUAGAUGUUGGUCUCAUGGUCUGGACUGGGUAGGACUGAAGUUAAUGGGUAUUUUACACUCAUCGUUGGCUCUUUAAAUGGGGCGAGUACAUUCACAGAGGGGAACAAAGGACCCUUAUCUCUAAUAUUUACCCAAAUUAGGCCAUGGCUUAGCCUUGUCUAUAUGCUUUCCUGUCUUCCAUUGCUCAUAUUCUUGGCUUUAGGUUCCAGUGCCUCCUUGCUUUCCUGAUCCAUUUGGCUCUGCUUCUCUGGUGUACAAACCUCUGCCUGUCUCACUUGACUGUUCAGUUUGCUCUUUCCCAUUGGAUUGUCUCCCUUGCCAAUGAGAGAUUCCUCCUGUGAGCCUUGGCCCCAGGUACUCACACCUGCUAGGUAAGCUGCCUUGUCUUCCAGCCAGGAAAGUGGGACUGAAUGGGCAUAGCCAGGUCAGUAAACUAGAACGUCUCUGGGAGUGUCAGGGAAGACUCAUGUUUGCUUAAGUGGCCAAGCCAGGAAUUCAGUGCCAGAGCAGAAAAGCAGGAAUUUAUUAAUUGGGAAUGAAGUUGAAGCUGGGAUCUGAAGGAUAGGCAGGUAAAUAACAGGACAAAUCUGAAGUCUACAGGGGUAGCCUGGCCUGAAAACCAGCGUGGCAUUGACUGAGACAGCAAUGGAAGGAAGGAAUGCAGAUGCUUGUCACUAAGUGAAUGAGUGAGGUUUGGGGUUUUAUUGCCUAAUCAUUGGAGACUGCUUCUGUUUAGGCUUUCUCUAUAAUACCUGUCAGUGAAGGCAACGAGAUAUAAGCAAAGUGCUGUGAGAGCACUGAGGAAAGAUUCAAUUGGGACUGAGAGCCUUGAAGGAUAAGUAGAGUUGCCAUUGGUGGUGGGUGGGGGUGCAUUUUAACAGAGGGAACAAACAAGCAAUGACACAGAGCUAUUGCAGAUGACAUGAUAAUUAUAUAUAGAAAACCUUAAAGACCACCAAAAAACUAUUAGAACAAACAAAUGAAUUGGGUAAAGUUGCCAGAUACAAAAUUAAUAUACAGAAAUCUAUUGUGUUUCUAUGCAAUAACAAUUAACUAUAAGGAAGGGAAAUUUAGAAAACAAUCCCACUUACAAUUAUAUCAAAAAGAAUAAAACACCUAAGAAUAAAUCUAACUAAGGAGAUAAAAGACCUGUACUUGGAAAACUAUGACAUUGAUGAAAGAAAAUGAAGACGACACAAAUAGAUAUACUGUGCUCAUAGAUUGGAAGAAUUAAUAUUGUUAAAAUGACCAUAAUCCCCAAAACAAUCUACAAAUUCAAUGCAAUCUCUAUUAAAAUACCAAUAGCAUUUUUCACAGAACUAGAACAAAUAAUUCUAAAAAUACAUAUGAAAACACAAAAGACCUCAAAUAGCCAAAAUAAUCUUGAGAGAAGAACAGAGCUGGAGGAAUCACACUCCCUGACCUCAGACUAUACUACAAAGCUACAGUAUUCAAAACAGUAUGGUACUGGAACAAAACCAGACAUAUAUCAAUGAAGCAGAAUAGAGAGCUCAGAAAUAAACUCACACUUAAAUGGUCAAUUAGUCCACGACAAAGGAGGCAAGAAUAUACAAUGGGAGGAAAGAUAGCCUCUUCAAUAAAUGGUAUUAGGAAAACUGGACUGCUUUCCCACAUCAUAUACAAAAAUAAACACAAAAUAGAUUAAAGACUUAAAUGUAAGACCUGAAACCAUGAAACUCCUAGAAGAAAACAGGCAGUAUGCUCUUUGACAUUAGUCAUAGCGAUAUUUUGGAUGUCUCCUCAGGCAAGGGAAACAAAAGCAAAAAUAAACAAAUGGGAAUAUAUCAAAUAAAAAGCUUUUGCACAGUGAAGGAAACUCAACAAAAUAAAACAACAGCCUACUGAAUGGGAGAAGAUAUUUGCAAAUGAUAUAUACAAUAUAGGGUUAAUAUCCAAAAUAUACAAAGAACUCAUACAACUCAACAUUAAAAAAAACAAUCUGAUUAAAAAGUGGGCAGAGGACCUGAAUAGACAUUUUUUUUUAAAAAAAGACAUACAGAUAGCCAAUAGACACAUGAAAAGAUACACAAUGUCACUAAAUCAUCAAGGAAAUAGAAAUGAAAACCACAAUGAGACAUCACCUCACUCUUGUUAGAAUGGCUAUAAUCAAAAAGACAGCAAAUAACAAGCGUUGGUGAGGAUGUGGAGAAAAAGGAACCAUUGUGUACUCUUGGUGGGAAUGUAAAUUGGUACAGUCACCAUGUAGAACAGUAUGGCAGUUCCUCAAAAAAUUAAAAAUAGAACUAUCAUACAAUCCAGCAAUUCCACUUUUGGGUAUUUUUCUGGAGAAAACAAAACACCAAUUAGAAAAGAUACAUGCACCCCUAUGUUCACUGCAGCUCUAUUUACAAUAGCCAAGAUAUGGAGGCAGUGUAAGUGUCCAUUGAUAGAUGAAUGGAUAAGGAAGAUGUGAGAUACACACACACACACACACAAUAAAAUAUUAGUCAUAAAAAAAGGAUGAAUGUUGCUUAUAUGUCAUUGCCUGACACUGCCAGGCAAUGUCAUAUCAAAUGGCUGGAAUGCGAUGAUAUUAUGCUAAGCAAAAUAAGACAAGAAAAGACAAAUACUGUAUGAUUUCACUUAUAUGUGGAAUCCCAAAUGAAAAAAAAAAUUACAAAACAGAAACAAACUCAGAUACAGAGAAGAAACUGGUGGUUGCCAGAGGGGAGGGGUGUGGCAGGAUACAGGAUAAGUGAAAUAGGUGAGAGAGAUUAAGAGUUACAAACUUCCAGUUAUAAAAUAAGUGUCAUGGAAUGUAAUGUACAGCAUGGGGGAUAUAGUCAAUAAUAUAAUAACUUUGUAUGGUGAUGGUAACUAGACUUAGGGUGAUUAUUUGUAAUGUAUAAAAAUACCGAAUUAAUAUGCUGUAUACCUGGAGCUAAUACAAUAUUUUACAUCAAUCUAUCCUUCAAUUAAAAAAAAGCUGUCAAGGCCCAUGACAUAUAUGUUCACUAAACAGGAAGUAGUCGCAGUGUGGCUGAAAUAUAGUGUGCAUUAGAGAUGAGGCUCAGGGAGAGAUGAAGUUAGAAAGGUAGAGUGAGAGGUGGGGGAACUGUGGAGGUGCCUUACAUAUAUUGGCUAAGAAUCCUGAAUUUGAAUCUGUAAGCAAUGGGGAAUUACUUAAGGCUUUAAGAAAGCAUCAUACUGAAAAACUGACAUUCUUGGAUAAUGUAUAGUUCUAUGAAUGUUGACACAUGUAGAGAUUUGUGUAACCACCACUGCAAUCAGGACACAGAACAGUUCCAAUACCCCAAAGAAUUCCCUUAUACUACCCCCUUUGUAGUCAUACCCUUCCCACACCCCUAAUCCCUGGCAACCACUGAUCUGUUCUCUUUCCCUAUAGUUUUGUCUUUUUGAGAAUGUCGUCUGUAUGGAAUCAUACAGUACAUAACCUCUUGCACUGAAUGUUUCUGAGCAGAGGUAGUUAAGGCUAUUUCAGGAAGAUCACUUUGGUGUUGUGUGAAGGAUGGAUUAGACGAGUGUAAAACUAGAUGUCAAGAGACCAGCUGCCAAGAGUUCAAACCAGAGAUGACCAUUAAUGGUACAUAUUCAUUAAAGGGCUGAUUGUAAUUAAUCAAAUAGCUGUGGGGGGAAAAAAGAAACUAAACAAGGUUAUGUUUACAUAUCUAUAAUGUUUUGAUAUACUUUAGUAUGAUCACCCAAAGGGUGUAAUAGUACAUACACAGAGGGACCAAAAAACAAAACAAAACAAAUAGAAAAAACCAGGCCACAAAAAAACACAUACAAUAUAGUCCAAAAUUUUUUUUUAAAAGACGUGUAUAUAUGGAUAGUAAAAUGUCUGGAAGGUGUAUAAAUACACACCAAGAUCUUAAUGUGUUUCUUCUGUGGGAUGGGAUUAGAAGUGAUAAUUAUCUUCUAUAUAAUAUUCUACAUUUCCAAAGCCAUAUUUCUUCUCCUGCUCCCCCACCUCAACCCUGAUGCCUGGAGAAUAAGUGGGAUAUAUGAAGUUCUUUGUGCUUUUUUACUACUUGAUAUAAUUCUAGACAUAUGUUAGAUGUGAUAAAUUUUAUCAUCAUUUUAUCAGUUAUAAUUUCUAAGUUAUUAAGGAAAGAGUUAAGGUACUGUAAUGAAUUGACUUGGCCAGGAUCACACAACUAAUUAAGGGUAAAUCAGAAUGGAAUCUAGGGCUCAUACCUCUAGUCCAUACUUCUUUUCAAAAACAACAUAAAAAUAUUCAAACGUACAUAAAAGAAGAGAGAAAACUAUAAUAUACUUUCAUGUACCAUCACCCAGUUACAACAUUUAUCAUCUUGCUAUUCUUAUUUCAUCAAGCCUCCAAUUAUUUUUUCUUUUCAUCUGGCUGGAAGAUUUUGAAGAAAGUUUCACAGUAAUUACUUUGAUGUGCAUUCUAUAACUGUGAAAUAUAUUAAGAAAUGCACGUAAGUACUAUGUCAUCAUCACACUCAACAAAAUUAAUGAUAAUUCCUUAAUUCUCAGUCCAUAUUCAUAUUUUCUCAAUUGUUUUCAAAAUGUCUUUGUACUGUUGGUUUAUUCAGAUCAGGAUCCAAACAAGAUCCACCCAUCACACUUGGGUAAUAGUUAUCGUCUCUCUUAUUUUGUAAUAGUCCAUCCUCCCUUUUUUAUGUCACUGACUUGUUGAAGAAACUAGGUCAUUUUUUUCUGUAGACUAUCCUGCACUAUGGAUUUGGCCAAUUGCUUCCUUAUGAUACUGUUUAACUUGCUCUUCUGUCACUUAUAUUUCCUGUGAACUCUUAGUUAGAUCCAGCAAUUUGAUUAGAUUUAGUAUCAAUUUUUUACAUUAUAAGGUGCAUUAUGUCUGCAUAUCUCAUUUUGAUUGACGCUAAGAUUGAUCAGUGGGUUUAGAUGAUGCCAGCUUAUACCCCUAUUGUGAAGAUCUCCAUCAACCUUUUACCAAAUAACCAUUGCCUAGAUCAUUAUAGAAUGGCAAAAUGGUGAUUCUUCUAAUACUAACAUUUCUUCUGCACUUAUUAGCUAAAGUUCUUCUAUAAAAAAGAACUUUCCCUCAUCAGCUAUUUGCUUAAUCUGAGGCAAUUUAUACAAGGAAAGCCAGGAUAAAUACUUUGUUUUCUCUUGGUCUUCUGAGGAAUAAGUUGUUGCCUUAGCAGUCUCCAAUGGUGCUCAGCAAAGGUUUUGUUUCAUUUUGCUUUGCUUUUUAGCAUCAGUAUGAAUUUAUGUAAUUUUAUGUUGGACGUGCUUCAAUCCAAUGCAGUCAUUAUUCUUUGUUUAAUAAACUUUUAAUUUUAGACUAGCUUAAAAUUUACAGAAAUGUUGCAAAGAGUUCUCAUAUACCCCUCACUCAGUUUCCCCUAUUUUUAACAUCUAUCUUACAUUACUAUGAUACAUUUGUCACAACUGAGAAACCAUUACUGAUGUACUGUUAUUAACUAAACUCCAUUAUUUACUCAGAUAUCACUAAUUUUUCCCUAACCCCUCUUUUCUGUCCCAGGAUCCUACCCAGGAUACCACAUUACAUUUAACUGUCAUGUCUCCUUAGCUUCCUCUGGUCCGUAACAGUUUCCCAGACUUCCCUUGUUUUUAAUGACCUAGAGAGUUCUGAGAAGUACUGGUUAGGUAUUUUGUAGAAUGUCCCUCAACUGGGGUUUGUAUAAUAUUUUUCUCGUGGUUAGACUGGGCUUAUGUGUUCUUAGGAGAAAGACUACAGAGGAAAAGUACUCUUUUCACCACAUCAUAUGAAAGAUACAUGCUAUCAACAUGACUUAUCACCAGUGAUAACCUUGAUCACCUGGCUGAGGUAGUGUUUGCCAGGUUUCUCUGCUGUAAUAUUAUCUGCCCCCCUUCCAUACUCUAGUCUUUAUAAGCAAGUCACUAAGAGCAGCCCACACUCAAGGGGUGGGCAGUUAAGUUCCAUCUCGGUAAGGAGGCAUUAUCUACAUAAAUUAUUUGAAAUUCUAUCUGUAUGGGGAAUUUGUCUAUUCUCCCCCAUUUAUUUAUUUGUUCAAUCAUUUAUUUGCAUCAUGGAUAUUUUAUUCUUUGGGCUAUAAUCCAAUCCUUCCUCCCUCCCUCCUUCUCUUCCUUCCUUCCUUUCUCCUCCCUUUUCUCUCUCUUUCUCUUUCUCUCUCAUUCAUUCAUAGUACCUUGUUACAUCUAGUGAUGGUGAAAGUCUAGAUGGGGUGAGAUCACAUUUUUUUUUCCUGUUGUGUUUGGCUGGAAUAGAGCAGUUGUUCUCUAAAAAUUUUCUGUCUUGUUAGGCUGCCCCUUGCCUAGUCCACUGGAUAAAGACAGCAGGCUUCUGCUGGAGUUUUGUUUGUUUUUUGGGUUUUGUUUUUUUUGCAUUUUUUUUUUCUGUCUAUACUCAUUGGUGUUUCCAAGUUGCUGGCUUCUUCCACUCCAGGAUAUAUGAAGCAAAAAGAAAACCCAGAGAACUCAGGUCCCUAGCCUGUCUGCCUUCUUACCUCCAUCUUUCAGAGGUUUCUUAUGUUUGUUUAUUUCCAGAGGUUAUAGUUGUCCUUAGUGAAAGGAACAGGAAAAAAUAUGUCUACUCCAUCUUCCCAGCAACGAACUUUUGGACAUUGACCUUAUGUCCUGCUAUCUCACUAAAGUCACUUAGUAGUUUGUGCAGUUUUUUGUAGAUUCUUUGGGGUUUUCUACAUAGUUUUACUUCCUCCAUUACAAUUAGCAUGUGUUAGGCAAUUAAAAAAAUCUUUAUAUAUAAUAAUUCUUUAAAUGCCAUAUCAUUGCAAGUUUCUUUUUUGAGAUCUAGUUCAUUUUUAUUGAGGUAUAGUUGCUUUACAAUAUUAUAGUAGUUUCAGGUGUACAGCAUGGUGAUUCAGUAUUUUUACAGUUUAUACUCCAUUAUAAGUUAUUACAAGAUAAUGGCUGUAAUUCCCUGUGUUAUAUAAUAUAGCACUGUUGUGUCUCUUAAUCUCAUACCCCUGAUGUGUCAUUUGUAUUAUUUUUUUAGAUUCCACAUAUAAGUGAAAUGAUAUGGUAUUUGCCAUUCUCUGACUUAUUUCACUAAGCAUAACACAUAAUAUUCUUUAGGUCCAUCCAUGUUGUUGCAAAUGGCAGGAUUUUAUUCUUUUUUAUGGCUGAGUACUAUUCCAUUGUGUAUACAUACCACAUUUUCUUUAUCUAGUCAUAUGUUGAUGGACACUUAGGUUGCUUCUAUAUCUUGGCUAUUGUAAAUAGCACUGCUAUGAACAUUAAGGUGAGUGUAUUUUUGUUUUUUUCUGGAUAUAUACCCAGGAGUGGAAUUACUGAAUCACACUGUAGUUCUGUUUUUAGUUUUUUGAAGAAACCAGCCAACCCUUGUAAUUUUCCUUUAGGCAACUACCAGACAGGUCAAAAUACACAUUCACAAUUCUUUGAGCAUAAGGACUAUAUUGUUUCCUCUGGCACAACCACCUGCACCAGGAGUAUAGGUUGUUAUUUUCACAGCUGCUGCCAAUCUGGUGAGUGAGGGAUGGCAAGCAUACAACUUAAAAAUGCCACAGUCCCCUUUUCCUGCUAUGCAGCAUCUUCUUUCUUCAUUAAGCUUUCCCUUGGUUGGUAUGAGUUUUUACUAGAUUCCAAAGAUCCCAGAAAGUUGAUUUUGAAAGUCUGAUAGCUUAUUAGUUGCUUUUGUGGAGGGAUGGAACCCUGGAAUUACCUACUCCAUCAUUUUUGGUAAACUCUUUUUUUUUGUAAGGAUAGCAAUUCCACUUCCAAGCUCCUAACAUGAAUGAGCUAAAACCAGAUGUCCACUCAUUACUUUUUAAUGCACAAAUUGUCUUCAUCAUUGGCCAGUGAAAUCCCCUUCAGAAUGGCUUGUUGUCCUUUUGACAGAAUCCCAGUCAUCUUUGUUAGCUCCCUUGCUUUCUGGUACAGGGUCUCAGGCUUAUCUUGGACAUUCACUGACUCAGACCUGGAUAGCCAUUUCUCCAAGGGCCUCUGGUUCCUUUAGGUGGGAAAUGGUAUUUAAAGACCAAAGCCUGUGUGCUAAGGGUAUUAGUUGCUGUUGAGUUGUCAUUGCGUCUAGGCUUUUCACUGGCUAGAGCUAGGGAAAACAUUUGUAAAAAUGAAAAAUAUCGUGAGUUCAUAAUGAUAUUUCCAGUUCAAACUCAGUAGUACAGGGCUUUACCCAAUUUCUUUAUUUUAUAUUUUUAUCUUUUUUCUCUUACCCUGAUAAUCUUGGUUUCUAACUACAUUAACAUCAUACUUAUUUGGCUUAUUCUAAAUAAAGCAAUAAUAAUUUCAAAAUAACAAUGCCAAUAUUAUUAUUAACAAUAAGACUACUGAAAGCUGUUUAAAAUUUCUUUGUGGUUCAUUUUGUUCUUAGACCACAUAUCACUAGGGAUGUAUAGCCAAAAUACUGUCUUUUAAAGUCACUUGAUGUUAUUCUUUUCUUUGUAUGAUUAUGCCAACUUGAUAUGCAGUGAGGCCAUUUGUUUCUGUUUGUUUUCCAUUUUUAAGGGUUAUUUUUUAUUUUCUUUUGACUUAAUUUCAUUUUUAACUAUGCUUCCAACAUCAGAACUAGAUCACAAGGUACAUUCAGAGAUUAGCUUCCAUUCUUUUUUUUAUAGUCUUCCAAGUGGUGAAUUUAUUUUUUAUUCCACCCAAAAUUGACAGCCAAUUUCUGUGCUUUCCUUGGUAAUAUUAAUACAAUUUUUCCAUAUUCUUGUGUCUCUGAAUAGUUUUUCUUUAUAUAUUUUGAUAUUUCACUAACAAAUAGUUAUUUUGCUUUCAUCAUAGAUAAUGCUUUUUUCAAUAUAAAAUGAAGUACUUUGCCUGACUUAAUGCUUUUCCCCCUUCAUUAUUACAUUUGACAUUUAUAUGUCAAAGUUAAGGGGAAGAAGUAAGCACAAGUCUAGAACCAUGUAAAGCUAAACUUUUUUUAAAAGCUAAACAUUAAUAGUUCUCUUUAAGCAGUGGGAUUACAAUGGAUUUUUUUUUCCCUUUUCUGUGCUGUUUUCUAAAAAUUUAACCUAUGCAUUGCUUCUCUAAUCAGAUGUUUCUGUACUUUAACAAAGCAACCAAGGUUGGAAGCUGCUUUGUGCCCUCAUUUUUUCUGGGCCGUGUGUUUGCCACGCAUUUGGAUGCCUCUUAGGCAUCAUGACUACCUCUUCCCCUGCUCCUUUUCCUGUUUCCCAAUCUAGAUUGAAUACCAGGUUAGAAAUCUAGAAUCAUGUUGGAAACCUAGCAGGGUGGCUUCCAUUCUUAUCACUGUACUCUGUUCCUUCUUUCCCCCAGCUUUUUAAGAGUUUGGUUUAUACUAUUGAGCUCCUUGUUGAAAACAUAAGCAAAUAUGUAUAUGUGUGUAUAUGUAUGUGUAUGUAUUUCUACCCCUCUGUUACUGAAAAGGCGGCAUGCUGUAGGAACUGUUCUCUGCCUUGCUUUUUACCACUUACUGUAUCCUGGAGAUCAUUCUUUGUCAAUAUAUGAAGAUUAUCUUCAUCCCUUUUUAUAACCAUAUAUUACUCCAAUACAUGGGUUUCUUUCAGUCUUUUAAUAUUGCAAAUAAUGUCACAAUGAAAAUAUAGGACGCAUGCCAUUUUGCAUUUUUUUUCCUAAUAUGUCUUUGGAAUAGUUUCUGGAAAUUGAGAUUGCUUUAUGUGUGCCUAUCUAAUUUUACUAGAGACAAAUUCAUCUUCAUAGGGGCUGUACCAUUUUGCAUUCCCAUCACCAGUGUGUGAGUUCAGGCCUCUUUAUAUCUCUCCACAGAGCUAGUGAGGAUCCAAUUGGUAUCUCUGGUCUUCAUGGAACUGGAGCUACUUCACACCCUUCACCGCUCAUCCCACAGAUAUAUACCAGAGCUGGCAUCCUAUUAUUUUCCCUAUUACAUACCCUGUGCUAAAAACAAAUGAGUUGCCUGGCAGUAAUGAGGAACGAAGUAAUGUGGCAAGCCUUGGCUUGUUAUGAGCCACGUCCCAAGCUGUCUGAAGCUGAGGCAGGUUCUGAAACAUGUUAAACAGCCCUGACAGCCUGGUUGCAAAUGAGUCCACAUGGUCUGCUGUCUGUCCCAGUUAUGUGAUCUUGCCUAUGCCCCUGACUGGAGGGCAUAGGCCAGGACACACAAGACAGAAUGGGACAUUAGAUGUGCACCUUUAUACUUCCCUGAAGUACUUGUUUUCUGUUCACUAUUAUCAGCUUUGAACUAAGCCCAAUGGAGGCAUCCAAAAGACAAACACAUCAUUGUCAUUGUUGUUGACACUUCUUUCAUCUGUGCCACUAGUCUUCACUUGCAUUCACUGCUUCUCCAAGUGUCUCCUUGGCGCUCUUGCCAUCUUGUGGCAGGUCGGCAGGCUUAAGAAUUGAAAUGUUGACUUUUCAUAAGUGUGAAGAAAAUGUUGGCAACACUGUGAAGUAGAAAAUGUUCAUUACCAGUGUUCCAAGAUUUUUUCUAGACCUCCCCUUAUUCUUGCACUCCCAGACUUUCUUCAAGGUACCCUCUCUCUGACCUGAAAUACUUAGAGGCUUGGUGGUCUCUGCACCCAUCAAUAGCUUCUUGUAACCAUAUGUCAUCACAUUCCUCUCCCAGAGAGUUUGUCCUCUAGCUGUGAAAAGAAAGCUUCUGUCUUUGGCUAAAAGGAUUUCAGGCACCAGGGAGGGUGGCAAUGGUAGAAUGAAGGGAGGGUACAAACUUGAGAGUGAGACUGUUUCCUGGAAUCAUGUCAUACAAGCAUCAUCUAUUCAGCCUCUGCAGGGACCCUGACUUAGCAAGCUGAGAGAGAAACUGAAAGCACUUUCUGAUAUAAUGGCAAAUUUUCACAGUACCAUUUCAUUUAUUGCUAUCCAUGGUACAUGCUGGGUACUGCAGCUCAUUAAAGUUUUUCCCCAGAGCUGACUCGAUGUUUCAGUGGUAGUCUAAAAGGUGUGACCCGAAGGGUUCCGGAAAGACUCUGGAACCAAAAAGAUGUUUUCCACUAGACUUUUUCUCUUCUGGAAAUUUUCACUUGUAUGUGAAUAUAUGUAUUUUAAAUUAUAAAAGCAAAGCAUGGUUCCACUCAAAAUGGCAGAUUGAACAUAUGAAUUUGUUUUUGCCCCAUUUAAAUGACUUGCAAAAUGAUAACAAGACAAAAGGAUUGGUAUCCAGAAUAUGUGUGUUGAAUAUGUGAAAAAUGACAAUGUGGGGAUAUUUUAAAAGGCAUAACCCACAAGAACCAAGGGAAUAGGAAAGAAGAUAGCAAAGGUAGUAUUUUUAAAGCUGGAAAGCAAGUGGUGAAGUAGGUAAUUUACUCAGCAGAUCUGAGAAAGUGGAACCUUAUAACAAUAGUGAGAAAAAAACCAAUUUACACUGCCCUCCAAAAGGGCUCAGAAAUUGACAGCAGCUUUGAAAAUGGGAAUGAAGAUGGGCCUAAAAACAAGGGGAUUGGUUGAAAAUCUGUCUAAGAAGCAAAUCUCCAGAAUCCUUCCUACAUUCCAUGCACAUGGCAACUGUCCUUUUCCCUGGCAAAAGAUUGGAGAUUUAUUUUCUGGAAAAGGUAAAACAGAGAAUCUCUAGACAGGAGGGAUUCCAGAUACCAUUGAAGACAAAGGUAUCCAACCAGAAACAGAGAGAUUAAGUGAAUGUUUACAAACUGAAUGCUGAUAACUUUAGCCCUCUUCCCCACUCAGUUUCCAGAAAGCUGUUGGCCAGGUGUGUAUCCUCCAGAUAGGAGAUUGGAAGACCCUUCUCUGGAGAAUCAGAAAAGCCCAGGAAGAAAGACCUAAAUAUAUUGAUGUCAAGUGUUCCCCAAUGAAAUGGCCCAACUACAUUAUCCUACAGUAAGGUCACAGUUGACAAACACCAACUACAGGCUUUGAACUUCCAAUCAGCUUUUUCGUUUCCAUUGCUAAUUAUAAUCAGUGGUCAAAGAUCAGUACACAUCUGAAGAAAGUCUCUAAUAUGAAAGAUAGAAGCCAAAAUAAACAUAGCAAAAGUGGAUAA